GGCUAGAAGAAGUAGCACUGUUGAUGGGUUAGGCUGAUGUGAGAUGCCACUCGUCCUGCGGCAAAAAAUUUCACCAGGCUACCUGGCGAUCUCCAUCUUGCCGCAGCAUCUUCAGGAUCAUCAGUUGCACCACAGGUCUCAGCCGAGAGCCGCUCCAUCUCGCUGCCUCGUGCACUUCGCUUUUAUUACUUCGCCCAUGUUCCCCUAAGCUCAACUACGCUCUGGAGUCCAUCGCUGCUGCCACAAGCUCUCUAGGCACCUAGGCCUCUGGGAAGGUGCCACGCAUCCUAAGCUACAGCCCCUCGGUCUUUGUAUUAUCCCGCCACCGCUUCUCUGACAGCAAUGCGCCUGAUUGCUCUCCCCGCGGCGCUGCUCGCCUUACGGGUGGUUGCCCAGGAUAAUGAUGUCCUGGACGCGCCGCUCGAGGGAGUGGACGACGGAACCAACUACUACCAGCAGCUUCACCCAUGUCCCCAAGCCUGCGAUGGCACCCCCUCGUCCAAUUGGAUGAUGUACAGCUCGUGGGAGCGCUUCGCUAUCUGCGAAGAGCCGAUGCUGCUGUCCUUUGCCCUUUUCAACCCUGUCCCUGACCCAGAAACCCCAACAAAGAUCACCACCUGCACUGCUGGAAAUGCCAACUCUAGAGUCAAUGGGCUGUACAACGGCACCGCGGCCGGAAGGACCUCGCCGCCUGCCGACACCUUCAGAACGCACCGGCGCAGCGGCAGCCUGCUGAAGCGCCAAUCACCCACUGGGUGCGAAGAGGCCAGCGCACGCUCUUCAGCCGCCGAAAAUAAGGUCUCGCUGCAGCUGGCUACCACUGGCACGGACCAUGAGCUUGACAGUAAGAGAAGCGGCGCGGCCGCUACUGCCCUCAAGACACUUCAGAAUCACUUCGACUCGGGCGACUCGCCGUGCGAGGAGACCGUCAUGUUCUCCUACCACCAGGGCGUCGUGGCCGGCGUCUACAUCGGCGCAUCGUUCGGCCGCGCCACCGUCGCCUCCGUCGCCAAGCCCCUUCUCGACCAGAUCGCGUCCGGAAAGGCCACCACGGCCGCGGCCCAGCUCUGCGGCGCCCCAGACCGCACUGGCCGUCACACGUUUGGCCUCAUCAUCGACCUCGCUGCGAAUGUCACGGCCGUGCAGAACGCCGUGCGCAGCUGGAGUCAGGCCAAGUGCGCGACUGGGUUCGAGUCGACAACGGAGCUCAAGGACGUGUCGGUCACGGAAGACAAGGCCGGGCUCGGCCCUUUUGACGAUGUGCCCAAGACAAACGGCACCUUCUCCAACAGCACCGCGCCCUCGUCCGGCCUCUCCCGCCGCGCAGACUGCAAAACCAUCCGCGUCGAGGCUGGAGACAGCUGCCCGUCUCUGGCAUCACGCUGUGGCAUCUCCGCUGCCGACUUCGCCAGGUACAACUCGAACCCCUCAGACAUUUGCUCAUCCGAGUCUUCUCCUCUUCCCGGCAUGUCUGUCUGCUGUAGUUCAGGCGAGCUGCCCCAGGUAAUGCGGGUUAUGGCGGCCGACGGCACCUGCGCCGCGCAUCAGGUUAAACUGGGCGACAUCUGCGACAACCUGGCAAGACAGUACAACGUCAAGGUUUCCGACAUUGAAAAGUGGAACGAAGGCCAGACCUGGGGCUGGUACGGCUGCAACAAGCUGAUCAAGGACGCGUACAUCUGCGUCGGAGAAGGCAGCCCUCCCAUGCCGGCAAAGCAAAAGGGUGCGGUUUGCGGGCCGACCAAGGAGAAUGCGACUGGGCCAGACCCCGGGAAGGCCCUUAAAGACAUGUACCCUUGCCCUCUCAACGCUUGCUGCAACGUCUGGGGCCAGUGCGGCAUCAGCGGCGACUUCUGUACCGAGAAGAACAGCACCACGGGCAACCCGGGCACGUCGGGUCUGCAGAACGGCUGCGUAUCCAGCUGUGGCAUGGAGAUCACCAACGUCGACAAACCGUCCAGCUUCGGACGCAUCGGGUACUAUGAGACGUGGAACUUCAACCGCAAGUGUCUGUGGCAGCACGUCGAGAAUGCAAACACCGACGGGACUUAUACCAUCAUCCACUGGGCUUUUGCCGAGAUCAAUACCAAGGACUGGACCGUCAAAAUCACCGACCCUUACAAGCAGUGGGACAAGUUCAAGGAGUUUAAUCUGGGCGGCGCCAAAAAGGUCAUCUCCUUUGGCGGCUGGGGCUACUCGACCGAGCCGGGCACGUACGAUAUCCUGCGCCAAGCAACCCUCCCUGCCAACCGCAACACCUUCGCGACCAACGUGGCCAAGUUCUUGAAAGACGAGGGCCUUGAUGGGGCGGAUUUCGACUGGGAAUAUCCCAGCAACACUGACAUCCCCGGCGCCGAGGGGAAGCCCGAAGACACGGGCAACUACUACAAGUUCCUGCAGACAAUGAGAGAUAAGCUGUCCGGCACGGGCCGCACCCUCUCCAUCGCCGCCCCAGCCAGCUUCUGGUACCUCAAGCCUUUCCCUAUCAAGCAGAUGGCCGGGGUGCUGGACUACAUCGUCUUCAUGACGUACGAUCUGCACGGCCAGUGGGACGCCGGGAACCAGUACGCCAUCGACGGCUGCCCGGCAGGCAACUGCGUCCGCAGCCACGUAAACCUGACAGAAACCACGUAUACCCUCGCCAUGAUCACCAAGGCCGGCGUGAAGACAUCCAAGAUAUACGUCGGCGAGUCCAGCUAUGCGCGCACCUUCAAGCUCAGCCAGCCCGGCUGUCGAGGGCCGAUGUGCACCUUCCUGGGCGACCGGCUCAAUUCGCCAGCCGCGAAGGGUCGUUGUACUGACACUGGAGGGUAUAUAUCCAACGCCGAGAUUAACGAAAUGAUCAACGGGAAGACGACGUCUAUCGUUACCUGGCACGACGCGGGCUCCAAUUCGGAUAUGAUUAUUCACGGGUUUACUGAGUGGGGCGCCUAUAUGACCCCGACGACAAAGGAUACGCGCCGGCAACACUGGACCGGCGUGGGCUUCCGGGGCACAAUCGACUGGGCCGUGGACCUGCAGGCCUUUACGGGCGACGAGAUCCGCGACCCGGAAAUGGAGGACAACGACGCUAACGAGGGGCUCCCCGAAAAGCUGCCCAAGUGCAAGGACGGGCCCUUCGAAAGCAUCGAACACGUGACGGCCUACCCUCCCGGUUUGAUCCCAAACCACUGCGUUCCCGUUUACAUCGCCGAGGUGCUGGCGCGGGACAUCAAGAAGGCAAUGGAUGACUACGACGACCUGAUGGAGGACGGGUACAACAAGAAGUUCAACACGUACGCCGACGCCGUCGCCCAGGGUGGGAACUCGGCCGUGCGCAGCUUCAUGUACGAUAACGGGAACAAGUACUUCAGCUGCACCGUCAAGCAGCCGAACACGUGCUGCAAGUCCUGCCUGGUCCACAACCCGGGCAAGAACAACGAGGAGUGCCGGUACUGCGACGACAAGUACUGCGGCGGCUGGUCCAUCGGCUGCGACACCUUGCCCCGCCCUCCCCCGAGCUGCAAGAUGGAAACGACCUGGUUCGACGUCUCGCCCGAGUGCCCUCCGGACUACUCAAAGCGGGCCGGCAAGGAGCCCGCCACGGGAUACGGGCAGUCGAUCGACUGGAAGCUCAAAGAGGACAAGCGCGCCCUGUUCUGGGCCGACCUGUUUACGUCGGUCGGGAUCGAGGAGAAGAACAUCAAAUGGCAGGACGUGAAGCGGCGGGAGUGCCUGCUGCCGCGUGAAGACGAAAUGUGCCGCAACAUGAACUACGACCGGAACUUCCCGGUCACCCAGGACUACGACAAGGACGAUGUGCUCAACCCCAAGGACGUGGUCGAAAAGGCGUACAAGGAGCUGCAGGGCUUUGUUUCGGAUAUGCCCAAGGCUGUUGAGCAAAUGCAGAACAACGUUUACUCGGGCUCGGCUUUCGAUUUUGUCGACGCCGUCUCGAUGCCCAUCUUCAUGGUCCAGGAGGCCGUUGGCGCGAUAAAAGAAAUUUCGGACACGGUCGACAAAUGGGAGGAGGACAAGCGCAAAAACACGAUCCUCCUCUUCCUCAGCGCCAUCUUCUUUUUCGUGCCCGUGCUCGGCCAGCUAGCCGGCACGAUCGCGAGCCUAGCCAACGUGGCCCGCAUCAUCGCCAUGAUCGGGGCCGCAGGUACCGUAGCCCUCGACAUCUACUCCGUCGUCGACAGCAACGGGAACGAUCCCAUGGCCAUCUUUGGCCUGGUCCUCGCGCCGCUGGCGAUAUUCGACGCCGUCGCGGUCGCGCGCGCCGCCAGCCGCGCCAGGAACAUGAACCAGCUCGAGAUCAAGAAGCUCGGCAAGGGCGUCGUCGGCAAGGUGAGCACCAUCAAGAAGGUCACGGCGCCGUUUUGCACCUUCAAGCCCAGCAAGCGCAGCGUCUUCCCCGUCGGAGCGCUGCCCAUGAGCGGUGCGCUUAAUGUGAACCCGUUCGGGUCGCUGUCGCUGUGAGACGUGGGUCAGGGAAGGAAGAAAAAAAAAAAAGAGAAAAGGGAGGCAAAGUGGUGUCGGGGGUUGUUGCC